AUGGUCUCAUUUAGUGUCGGUCUGUAUAAGGACCAAGUCCUAUGCGACGUGGUGCCUAUGCACGCUAGCCACCUCUUAUUUGGGAGACCAUGGCAGUUUGAUAAGCGAACCACGCAUUGCGGCCACACAAACCAAUACUUCUUCGUCCAUGACAAUAAACACAUUUGUUUGAAGCCAUUGAACCCUAAUCAAGUGCACGAAAUGCAAGCAAAGUUGUCUAAGGACUCAGAUGAUAAAAAUAACUUUUUAGUUCAAUAUGGUGAUGUUAGGAAGUCCAUUAGGGACUCUGGCCAAGUGUUAUUGAUGGUCUUUCGAGAUUUGUUGCUUACAGGCCUUGAAGGAUCGAUAGACGACCUACCGGAGGUGAUACGCGACGUCCUUAGGCGCUUCGCCAACGUGUUUCCUGAUGAACUCCCCGAAGGUCUACCACCAAUCAGAGGCAUUGAACACCAGAUCAAUCUUGUUCUGGGAGCACAGCUUCCUAACCGGCCAGCCUACCGAGUCAACCCCGAGGAGGCGAAGGAGCUCGAGUGCCAAGUAGCGGAGCUUAUGUCACAAGGAUACGUCCGGGAGAGUUUGAGCCCAUGUGUCGUACCAGUCUUGCUCGUGCCUAAGAAGGAUGGAUCGUGGCGCAUGUGUGUUGACUGUCGAGCCGUCAACAACAUCACCAUCAAGUACCAACAUCCCAUCCCGAGGCUUGAUGAUAUGGUCGAUGAACUAAGUGGCGCCAGCGUCUUCUCAAAGAUCGACUUGAAGAGUGGCUACCAAUCAAGUUCGCAUGAAGGAGGGCGAUGA